CUACGAUAAACAGCGGAUGCAAAUUAUAUAAAUAUCACAAAACCGCGCUACAUUCGCGUUUUCAUCCCCGAGCGAUCAAAUGUAGCGUAAUUUAAAUACACUUGUUAUUGCUAUUCUAAGAGCACUUUUUGAUUUUGACAUUAACAAUAUAAGCCUAGUCUGCUGGCUGUAGUUACAAGAUGUUUUUCGCCGUGACUUAUAUUCGUGAUCACUGUAUUCCCCGUCUUCCGAUGCUAGUGUUCCCAUUUCAGCUUGGUAAAGUGGCACCAGGAGUCCACGCAGCAAAAAGCGGCUAAGUAGAAUUUAAGUUCUGUCACUUUGUUAAGUUUGUCCCUCUUCGCUUGCUGUUACCAUAAAGGGAAACGCAGUGCCCUGGCUAAACAUAGAUGAAAUUAAUCUAGGCAUUCUGGGCUGUGAUUGAAAUAAGACAAAGUGAAAGCCGAGAAAAUAUCAUCUUUAUUUUGCUGCGUGAGUUGUGUUGUUUUUCACCUUGCCGGAUCUGUGGUUUGUGCGCAAUCAAAAGAGAAAAGCACUGUUUUGCUUCCGUGUACAUCACCUUUUAGGUAGGCAACGGGCAGGGAAGUUGCAGCCUGCCGCGCUAACAGUCCACUGCGCUAACAGUCCACCGCCGGCCUUCCGGGAUGCAGUCAGUACACACCCAGGGCAUCUGGAUGGCCGAGGCCCUUCAGAAGACGCUGGCCGACUACGAAGACGUGUGGCUGUUUGUCACGCACAUGGGUGACCCGAAAGCUGCCUUCCUCCUCUGCUUCCCCGUGACCUACUACCUCAGCCGGCGGACUGGCGUGGCUGUUCUCUGGGUAGCAGCCAUCUCGGAAUGGCUGAACCUCAUGUUUAAAUGGGUGCUGUUUGGGGAGAGACCUUUUUGGUGGAUAGGGGAAUCCCGUCUGUUUGGGAAGAACCCCCCCCAGGUGCGGCAGUUCUCUACCACCUGUGAAACGGGGCCAGGCAGCCCGUCUGGUCACGCCAUGGUGACGUCCGCCGUAUGCUGGGUCAUGGCCUCCACUCUUGCCUCCUUCCUGUACCUGCACACACGUAGCGUCCUGCUGAGGGCUGCCCCCUACCUGCUGUACGUGGUGGUGCUGGUGGCCGUCGGCAUCUCCAGGGUCUUCACCCUGGCUCAUUUCCCUCAUCAGGUCAUCGCUGGGAGCCUGACAGGCAUCACGAUAGGAGUGUUCCUGAACCGCGUGGUCCCGGAAGGGCGCCCCCUGCGGUUCUUCUUUCAUGUCAGCAUGGGUCUGCUGCUGGGUUCCCUGCUUCUGUACACAGGGCUGGAGUACUUUGGCAUCAACCUGUCCUGGUCCAUUGCGCUAGCUAUGAAAUGGUGCUCGCACCUUGCUUGGAUCCGCUUGGACACGGCCCCGUUCUCGUCCCUGACCCGGGACUGUGGUAGCAUGCUGGGCCUCGGACUGGCUCAGUACUGGAAGCCCGGCGGGUGGAGCCUCCCCUGGACACCGCGAGCGCUCUGCGUCGCCCUAUCUUCCAUGGCCCUCUACCACAUGAACAGAGUCGCCCUGCCUACAUCACCUCCCCUGCUCUUCUAUAGCCUCAUCUUCAUCAGAUUCACCCUGGUGCCCCAGGUAGUCAUGGUCUUCGUGCCUGGCCUGGUCCACCAUCUAACUGCUAAGAAGAAGAAGGACUAACUGUGUUUAGGCAGAAUGGGAUGGACAUUAUUGAGAAGAUGUGCUGCAAGGCAGGGAACGGACACUGUGCCUAAGGAGAAAGCCGUCCUGAGCUGGACUCGGGGUUUGUCAGGAAUCAUGCAUAGGGCAUUGCAAAUGAUCGCUGAUAUCUGCUUGGCCAUUUUGUUCACCUGCUACUACUUAGGGCAUUGUCAGACAUUUCUCUCCUUCAGUUAACCAUUCAACACUCCUGCCUCAUCGAGAUGUAAAGCCAAACAGGCCAUCCUCGGGUGGGAGUGCUGUUCUCUAUGAAAUUCUUUUCUUGUUGUCCGUAUUACUGCCUUUGCUUCCCCACUGCUUUGAGGCUCAAUAUUAAAGCUGGACGUUGUGUCUUUUAUCCA